GUGAUGCACUCCUUUGGUCAAAUUUAUAUAUCACCACGACUUCCUCUGCUUCCUCUAUCUCUCUCUCUCUCUCUCAACCUCCUGCUCUGUUCUUUCUCUCUUCAUCAUUCAUCAGCUCUUCUCCAUUUCUAUUAUAUCGAUCCCAUCAGAAUACAAACUGAGACAGAAUCUAUGUUAGUCAAAGAAUACUAGUAAAACCCUUUUCAUUAAACAACGUUAAAGUUUUCAAAAAAAUGGCGAAGGUUCAUCCUGAUCAGAGAUUGGCAAGAAUUGAUAGUACGAGUAAUACUGUUGAUUCUAGAUACAUAGCAUCAACCAGAGAAACAUUUACUGUGUGGAUGAAAUCCCUCAUCUUCCAUGGAAAUGGUUGCACGAUUUUUAACUCCAAUGGUGAAAUCGUUUUCCGGGUUGAUAAUUACCAACAAAGAAGCUGCAAUGAGGUUUUUCUCAUGGACCUUAAUGGUGAUGUCCUGUUUUCUAUCCAAAGAAAGAAAAUUAGAGUUUUGGAACGGUGGAUUAAAGGCUACAAAUGGAGUAAUGAAACAGGGGAUGAUAAAAUGGCCAGGCCAUGGAUUCAAGUAAGAAAAUGCAGUAAAAUUCUCGGUGGAAAAAUGGGGUACCGGGUUGCGUUGGGGAGUGAUAAAGCUGCCGGAAUUGGCUACACCAUUAUUGGCUCCGACGAUGGCAAAUCGGAAUUCAAGAUUGUAGACAGUGACGGCCAGGUGGUUGCAGAGGUAAUUACCUUUUUAUUUUAUUUUAUUUUUUUUUCCUUUCUUUCUUCAGGUAUAAAUUUCUUUUAACAGUUCUAGUUUGUUUGAUUAGAAAAUAAGACAAAAAGAGGAUUAAGUUAAUGGACUUAAACGUUAAGGCUAACCUUAACUUUCAGUUUCCAACCAGAUUGAACGAGAUUACAGUAAUUUGAUGUUUUGACCUCAACCAAAAAUUGUGUUCUGUUUUCUGGCCAAGUGUCACAAUGAAUUCAUUUCCCUCCUUCACAAAUUAGUGUCAAAAAAAAAAAAAAAAAAAAACAAACAAACAUUGAGAUGUUUCACACAUAUGUUAUAACUAUCACUUCCAUUGGAAAAAAUUUUCACCUUUUUUUUUUUUUUGUUCUAACUUCUAAGUGGAGAAAGUUGAAAUAUGAUUAGGGAGUUAGGAAGUUGUCCCAAACAAACACCCCUUUCUCCCAACCAACAUGUUGGCCUAUCAAUUACUACUUUCAUUCUUUUUUUUCUCACUUACCACAAACGAAAUCAUAAAGGAGAAAAGGAACUAGUAUUUGUUCUGUUUGUUAAAUGAGGAUUGGUGAUGUUAUUAUUAACUUUUGAACUUUUUUAGGUGAGGCACAUCAAUGACCUAUUUACUACUAGUAAUUUGUACCCAAAACAAAACUAGAAAGGUCAUUCUCAAUAAACUCCCAAUUAGUACAAUUAGUAGCUAGCACCAACUAAUAAUGAAAAGGAGACCACAUCAUUAUGACAAAAAAGAAUUGGUGGGCAAAAUGCACAAUUUCAAAUUCCAGUGUUUUUUUUUUUUCUUUCCGACAACAUUAAAUAGGGUUGCCUAAAAUCAGCUGUGUUUGUCUGCAGGCAAAACAAAAGCGAUCAUCCACAGGUGUUUCCUACGGAGAUGAUGUAUUGACCUUAAUGGUGGAACCCCAAACCGAUCAAUUACUUAUGGUUGCUCUCAUGACAGUUCAUGGCCUCAUCCAUCAUAGAUUAUGAUUGUGAUUGAUCAUCAUUCAUCAUCAUUAUCAUAAAUCCUCACUCAUUCCGGCAAUCAAGCUCUUGAUCAAGAUAUAUAGAACAUUCAUUUUGAUGAAUGAAAAUUUUGUAUGUAUAGGAAAUGAAGGCGGAAAAAAAAAUUGUAUAAUCGGGGUUUUACUUGUACACACACAUAUUGCUCUGAGGAAAAAAAAACAAAAAAAAGCCCUAAAAGCCUAAAAGAGAAACUCAUCAGUUGUACAUAUUGCUGAGUGAUAAAUUCAAAUCAAAACCAAAAAAGAAGAAAUUUCUUGAUUUUCUAGUUGAGUUUGUUUGCUGAG